AUCAGCGCCAUGGUCAGUGGCAGGAUGCUGCUCCUCAGCGCCUCCUGCUGGCUGCUGGUCGUUUUGGGAAGCAGCGAGGAGCGAUCGCCUGAAGACGACGCGAUCAAGACACGAGAGGAGGAAGAACUGAUUGAAGCUCUACAGGAAGUCCUGGAGAAGUUAAAGAACCAACAGCUGCCGUCAUCGGAGAAGAAGCUCGGCUGGGUUCCUGCAUGUGGUGCAGGCGAGCAGUGUGCGGUGCGUAAAGGUUCGAGGAUCGGGAAGUUGUGUGAAUGUCCUGGAGGAACCGUCUGUAACUUCACCGUCCUCAAGUGUCUGUAGCAACUUCCUGUUCUGAACUACAAAAUAAAGGCAGCUUUUUCAA